AUGGCUCCUUCAGCCCUGCCAGAUCUGGCGUCCGCUCUCGGCCAAAAGACUUCCUCCGUCACUCUCUUGACAGACCGCCUCGAAAAGCCCUCGCUCGAUGAUAGACAGUAUCGUGUCAUUCGACUUGAGAAUGGCCUCGAGGCCCUUCUCGUCCAUGAUCCAGAUACCGACAAGGCCAGCGGUGCCCUCGACGUCAACGUCGGCAGUUUCUCUGAUGAAGCCGGCAUGCCUGGCAUGGCCCACGCCGUCGAGCAUCUUCUCUUCAUGGGCACCAAAAAGUUUCCCGUCGAAAACGAGUACAGCCAGUACCUCUCCUCAAACGGCGGCAGCUCCAACGCCUACACAGCAAGCACGUCGACAAAUUAUUACUUUGACGUCGCCGCCAAACCAGCCAACGAUGAGCAACCUACCGAAACAAACCCCUCGCCCCUGUACGGCGCCCUGGAUCGGUUUGCCCAGUUCUUCAUUGAGCCCUUGUUCCUGGAUGAGACACUUGACAGGGAGCUGAGGGCAGUCGACUCCGAGAACAAGAAGAACCUACAGAGCGAUGGCUGGCGUCUCCAGCAGCUGGAAAAGUCGCUGUCAAACCCCAAUCACCCAUACUGUCACUUCUCCACUGGCAACUUCGAGGUCCUCAAAACCAUCCCCGAGUCCCAGGGCAUCAAUGUCCGCGACAAGUUCAUCGAGUUCCACGCCAAACACUACUCCGCCAACCGCAUGAAGCUAGUUGUCCUCGGUCGCGAAUCGCUCGAUCUUCUACAAAAAUGGACCGUCCAACUCUUCGCCGCCAUUGUCAACAAGAACCUGCCCCAAAAUAGAUGGACGGAAGAGGUCCCCUUUAGACCUGCCGACGUCGGCAUUCAGUUCUUCGCCAAGCCCGUCAUGGAUACGAGAGAAGUGAACCUGACCUUUCCCUUUAUUGACGAAGAGGAAUUAUACGAAAUACAGCCGAGCAGGUAUAUUUCACAUCUCAUCGGUCAUGAAGGGCCUGGAAGCAUCAUGUCCUACAUCAAAAGCAAAGGCUGGGCAAAUGGCCUGUCGGCGGGUGGCUACUCGCUCUGCCCUGGUACCCCCGGCAUCUUUGACGUUCAAAUUAGAUUGACCGAAGAGGGUCUCAAAAACUACCCCGAAAUUGUCAAAAUCUUCUUCCAGUACGUGUCGCUUCUGCGUCAGUCACCUCCGCAGGAGUGGAUAUUCCAGGAGCAAAAAGGCAUGGCCGACGUCGACUUCAAGUUUAAGCAGAAGACACCGGCUAGCCGCUUCACAAGCAAAAUCAGCUCCGUCAUGCAAAAGCCUCUGCCGCGCGAAUGGUUGCUGAGCGGCCACAGCCUUCUACGGCGCUUUGAUGCGGAAAUCAUCUCAAAGGCUCUAGCGCUACUGCGCCCUGAAUCACUGCGCUUGAAUGUCGUUUCUCGCAAAUUCCCCGGCAGCUGGAAUAAGAAGGAGAAGUGGUAUGGCACAGAGUACACCGUCGGCAGAAUCCCCGACGACCUCAUGGCUGAGCUAAAAAAGGCCGCUUCAGUUUCGGCUGCCGACCGGCUGCCCGAUCUCCACCUGCCACACCAAAACCAGUUCAUACCUAGUAAGCUUGAGGUGGAAAAAAAGGAGGUGGUAGAGCCGGCUACUUCGCCCCGGCUUCUGCGUAACGACCAGUUGGCGCGGACCUGGUGGAAGAAGGACGACACCUUCUGGGUACCCAAGGCCAACGUCGUUGCCAGCCUGAAGAACCCCAUCAUUUACGCCACGGCUGAGAAUAGUGUCAAAGCCCGACUCUUUGCAGAGCUGGUCCGUGAUGCUUUGGAAGAGUACUCUUAUGACGCAGAGCUCGCGGGGCUGCAGUAUACCGUCUCACUCGAUUCGCGCGGCCUUUUUCUAGAUGUCUCGGGUUACAACGAUAAGCUCCCAGUGUUGCUGGAGCAUGUUGCGGUGACUAUGCGGGAUCUUGAGAUCCAGGCAGAUCGAUUUGACAUUGUAAAGGAGCGGCUCACUCGCAGUUACAACAACUGGCAGCUACAGUCCUCAUAUCAGCAGGUGGGAGAUUACAUGAGUUGGCUGCACGCCGAGCGCGACUACCUCAUUGAAGAGUUGGCUGCCGAGCUCCCGGCCAUGACCGUUGAUGCCGUACGCAGCUUCCAGAAGCAGAUGCUUGCUCAGAUUUAUAUUGAAGUUUACGUUCACGGAAACAUGUAUCGCGAGGAUGCCAUCAAGGCAACCGAUCUUGUGGCGUCGGUGUUUAAGCCCAGAAUACUGCCGCACACUCAGUGGCCUAUCACUCGGUCGCUCAUUAUCCCACCAGGAUCCAACCUGGUGUACAAGAAAACGCUGAAGGACCCAGCCAACGUCAACCACUGCAUUGAGACUACAUUCUACGUUGGGGACCGCGGCGAUCGCAGGACUCGCGCCAGAACUUUCCUCGUCGACCAGAUGAUUCACGAGCCCGCCUUCGAUCAGUUGCGCAGCAAGGAGCAGCUUGGAUACAUCGUCUUUGCCGGCAUGCGCAAUUUUGCAACCACUUGCGGUGUGCGAUUUUUGAUUCAGUCGGAAAGAGAGCCAGAGUAUCUAGACCGACGGGUGGAGGCGUUUCUAAUACAGUUUGGCCUGACAUUGGACAAGAUGUCGGACUCUGAAUUUGAGAGUCACAAGAGGAGCUUGAUCAACAAGAGGUUGGAGAAACUCAGGAAUUUGGAUCAAGAGUCUUCAAGGCAUUGGACACAAAUCUCAAAGGAGUAUUACGAUUUUGAGCAAGCGCAAUUGGAUGCGGCAGAAGUCAAGCUCGUCACCAAGGCGGAAAUGGUUGAUUUUUACAACAAAUACCUUCACCCUUCCUCAACUAGCCGUGCCCGUAUUGCGGUACACCUUCACGCGCGGGGUGCUGUUGAGCGCGAUAACAAGGUUGUGGACGCGCUUGGCAAGGCGGGCUUUUCAGGCGUGCCAGAAGAAGACCGCAAGAGCAUAGAUUCGAUCAAGGCCCAUCUACAAGCCAAGCACAAGCCGUCGGAGGCCGACUUGGACAGCAUCGUUGCCUCGAUCAGAGAACUUGGGCUGGUGCAAACGGCGCACCCCGAAGAUGAUGCUGAGGCGAUCGCAAACGGCGGAGAGUGUGCCGUCGAUACUACACAGGAGAUCAAAGACGUUCGGCUGUACAAGUCUGCUCAACCCUUCAAAACGUCUUCCUCAAAGAAGAGAAAGCUCGCCUCUAGACCGCUCUACACAGGGCAAACCGAAUCCACGCCGCUCGACUCGCCCUCGCCUGACACCGCCCUGCCAUCUUGUGAGACCGCCGAGCACGACCGCGCCGACCUCGACGACGCCGCCUUCUCCUUCACCACAAACGCAUCGCUAGACGACCGUCGGAGCGUCCACCGCGAUAGCAGUCCCGUAUAUCUUCGCUCCGACUCGCUGCAGCCGGCCUCCAGCCUCCCCGCUCGUUUGCAGGCUGCUGCCGCCGCUGCCGCCACCGCCACCAACAGGAGCAGCAGUGUCGAGGGCACUAACAACGCUCACCCGCUCACGGCUCGCGACCACGCCUCCUCGGCCGCCUCGUCCCCUUGUGCGUCGGCCUAUGCUGACCUGUCCCUCGACGGCGAACGGGGCAUUGACGAGGCUGGCUCUGCGGUACCCUCGCUGCCCAGAGGCCCGUCUCCCUUUCGAGUCUCCCGACGGGCCAUCAUGAAUGGUGACUCUGAGUUGCCCCAACGCUCCUCCUCCCCGCUCAAGCGCCGCGCCUCCAGCAUGGAUCCCGAACCCGACGCCGCGUCUCGCUUCGACGCAGACGUCAGCAUGGAUUCCUCCCAUGCCAACACUACAGCAACGCCCACCGCCAAGCAGUCGGACGGCACCCGCGCCAUGAGCGUUGACCCGCCAGAGACUACCACAGACGCCCCGCCGCAGAACGCGCCCCCUCUUGCUGAGCAAAUCAAAAUUAUUGAGACACUCCUCAAGGCGUUCGAGGAGUCGCCCGUUGCCGAAGGCGACAAGGCCUAUCUUGUCUCCAGGUUGUGGCUGAACAAGGCCCGUUCGCUGCAAGGCCCAGCCAAGGCCACAGCCCAAGAUGGCGAUGUGCAGCCUGGCCCCGUUGACAAUUCGGACAUCAUUGACCGAGUCAUCGAGGAUCCCUCCGGUGCCACCUUUACCUGUCUCAAACCCGGUGCUGAUCAGGAGAUGUUUGCCCUCUUCCCAGAGGAUGCUUGGAAACUUGUCGUCGAGUGGUAUGGCCUCAUGGAAGGACAAGAACCCAUCAUCCGCUAUGCUAUCAACUCUUCCGAGGGCACAGAGGCCAACAUUCUUUACGAGUUUCACCCUCCAGUCUUCCGUGUCCACCGCGUUUGGUCGGAGCUCAGCCCGUUGCCUAUUGAGCAGCUUGUCAAGGCCAAAAACCCCCCCGCAAUUCUCGCACCCAGAAGUCGUGGCGCGAACCUUCAAGCAUUUUUGAAGGAUAUCAAAACAUGGGCGGGCAUUCCCCUCUACCGCAAGGUCCUGAUCCAUCAGGUCCGACUCCCCGUCGGCAUCGCUGUCCUACCUACUAUAGAACCAGGAUCCGCCUUGACACCACCGGAUUCUCCAGGCCGCGAAACCGCGAACGGUGACGGCCCCUGGCCAAAUUUGCUUGUGGAUCUGCCCACCUUUUCGCGAUCACUGAAUUACCGCGAGAAACUGGACAGUAUACAGGAUCACACAGACCGCAAUUACAAUAGCAACGUGCAGCUGCAUAUGAAGAAUUUGACGACAGAUGCGACCCUGGUCUUGGACGAAAUGAUUGACAACAAGUUCUCGGUGAGCACUUACAAGGGCCAGCAAACCAAGCCCGAAAGGAUCACAUUAAACCGUACUGGACUUUCACCCAAGCCGAGUAGCGCUAGAAGCAGCCCAGGUCCCGAGGGUGUUAUGACCAGGGGCCGUGCGGGCAAUAAGAAGCAGCUCGGCCGCAGUGUUGGUGUCGUUGGUCUGCACAAUCUAGGUAAUACCUGCUACAUGAACUCGGCGUUGCAGUGUGUCCGGAGCGUUGAAGAACUAACGAAAUUCUUCAUCACUGGCGCGUACGUCGACGAAAUCAACAAAACAAAUCUCUUGGGCUACAAUGGCAGAAUGGCCUCGUCCUACGGUGACCUCUUACGCGACAUUUACCAGCAAGGUCGCGGUUCAGUUAGCCCACGAGACUUCAAGAGCACAGUUGGUAGAUGCCGAAGCACCUUCUCCGGCUGGGGCCAGCAGGACUCUCAGGAAUUUCUUGGGUUUUUGCUGGAUGCUCUCCAGGAAGAUCUGAGCCGUGUCAAGAACAAGCCUUAUAUCGAGAAGCCUGAUUCUACCGACGAAAUGAUUGACGAUCCUGAGGCUAUCCGCGAAAUGGCUGCCAAGGUCUGGGACAUCACCAGACUGAGAGAUGAUUCCGUCAUUGCCGACCUAUUUACCGGCAUGUACAAGUCGACACUCAAGUGUCCAGAGUGUGGCAAAAUUAGCAUCACAUUUGAUCCGUUCAACACUCUACCACUACCCCUUCCGCUGGAGACUGUAUGGAGCAAGACUGUCAAGUUCUUUCCUCUGAACGAUUUUCCUGUCAACAUCGACGUUGAGAUUCCAAAACAUAGCACCAUCGAGGUUUUGAAGACAUAUCUAUCUCUCCGGACCGGCGUACCGGCUGAGCGAAUGAUGGGCGCCGAAGAAUAUAACGACCGGUUCUUCAAGAUCUAUGACAAUGACCAAGACGUCUCUGAGGAGAUCCAACACAAAGAUGUGCCCACAUUCCACGAGCUGGAGUCUGUGCCAACUAACUGGCCCGCCAAGGCACAACCGCAGAAAUAUCGCUCAUUAUUGGACAUUGAUGCAGAGCCUGAUGACGUGGAUGACCCUCGCACAGAGACCAUGGUUGUUCCCGUUAUGCACCGUCGGCCCAGCAUGGCGAGCCGCCCACAAGGCGUCCCGCCGCCACACUUCAUUACUCUUACCAGGGAGGAGACGUCGAACUUCGACGCUAUUCAGCGCAAGAUUCUCGAAAAGAUUGCCACGUUUUCUACCUGGAGCAAACUCGCAAACGAGGAUGAGGCGGACGGAACUGAUAUGGACAUGGUAGCCACCUCGGACGCCGACUCUGCCGGAGAUGUAAAGGUAGCGGCAAAGUCGGUAGAAGGCGAAGAUGACCUGGUUGAUGUCACAAUGAAAGAUGCCGGCACUGCGUCAACGGGGCAGCCUGCGUUGUUGAAGCGCUUCAACACAACGCGCCCCAAAUUCGUGGGUGCAUCCACGCCGUUAAGUCCCUCUCUGAAAAACUUGAUUGAACUGAAGUACUUCGUCAACCGUGGCGAUAAAGCGAUUCCAACUGGUUGGCAAGUUGCAGACAAUAACACAAUGCUGCCCAGUCUGUUGGACCGUAUGCUGCCAACCUCUGACAAAGAUGAGGAAAGUGCUACGCCGGAGAGCUCCAACGGCGACGGUUCUGAGAACGAAAAGGAGAAUGAGAAUGAAGAUGAAAUGGAAAAUGGCAGAAACGGUGACGAUGGCGCAAGCAAAGAGCUGGUCCCAACUCGCAUGACGGAAGAGUCGAGCGAGGAGGAUAUCCCUCGCCGAUUUGAACGUGGGGGCCGCAAUCAAAGAAAUGGUGGCCGAAAGAAGUUGAAAGGCCCCAAAACAUACGGCAAGCGUGGCAACAAGCGACAAAACAGACACCUGCGAAUCAGCAAGGCCAAUGGUCACGCGCCGGUCAACCCGCAGCCGAUACCCCCUGUCGUUGCUGAUGGUGGGCCGCUCAUUCGUCUGCACGAGGGUAUCACGGUCGAUUGGAACGAAGACACUUGGAAUAUGGUGUUUGGUGGUGCAAAGGAGCUGGACAGUCCGGCUGAAGGCACUGCGACAUUCAACGAACUGGAAUCCCUACAGGACCCUGUCAUCAAGAUUAACCAACGCCGCCGCCAAACUCGUAAGUCGAGAGGCAUCACGCUGGAUGAAUGUCUGGAUGAGUUCGAGAGGGCCGAGAUUCUCUCCGAACAUGACAUGUGGUACUGCCCACGGUGCAAAGAGCAUCGCCGCGCCAGCAAGAAGUUUGACUUGUGGAAGACGCCAGACUACCUAGUUGCUCAUCUGAAGCGGUUUAGUAGCAGUGGCUUCCGACGAGAUAAGCUCGAUGUACUUGUUGACUUUCCGAUUGAGGAGCUUGAUCUGACAGCACGUGUGGUUGAAAAGGAGGAGGGAAAGUCGGAAGUGUACGAUUUGAUCGCGGUCGACGACCACUAUGGUGGGCUGGGCGGCGGUCACUACACAGCCUACGCGAAAAAUUUUGUAGAUGGCAAGUGGUACAACUACAACGACUCCUCGGUCAGUCUUGUGUCGAAUCCCAAGACUGUCAUUUCCAGUGCCGCGUACCUGCUCUUCUACAAGCGUCGUGCGUCUGGUCACUUGGGCGGGCCUCGAUUCGCAGCGAUAUUAGACAAGUACGACAAGGACACGACAGAGGAAGAGAGCGGCGGAGACGAUGAUGCCAGCGGCAAGGCAGAUGGAGAUUUACCGUCGUACUCGGGGCGGACACUGGGAGAUAGGCAACCAAGCACAGAUAAUGAGUCUGGACUGGGCAAGCUCAGCGCAGUGCCCGGAGAGUCGCUCAAACAGACCUGGAGCUUUGAAGACCUUGACAGCGGCGGCGAACAGUCGGCGGGGCCGGCGAGUGACGUGGCCCAGUGUGAGUUGUCGGAAGACGAUGGCAACGAACUUGACACCAUCAUGGACAACAGCGUGGUGGAGAUGGUGGAUGGAGAGGACGAAGGAGACAAGAACGAGGUGACGGAGAUUGAUGCAGAGAGCUCCAAGGUAUAA